AGUCCUGAACGCAGCAGGGAUGAUACCUCAACAUCCAUCCAACCUGCCGCUGCUAGCAGGUUGAUAGCUAACCGGAGAGUUCAGGGCGGCGCGGCUUCAUCAUGAGGACGUCCCUCCCUCGUUAACCGGCACCGAGGACUCCCACGGCUCCCUACCCAGCUGGACUCAUCGCCCCACCGCGGAAAGCGAGAUGACGACCCGGUCGGAGAGAGAAAAAGCCCAGAAACUGAACGAGCAGCAUCAGGCCAUUCUUACCAAACUGCUGCGAGAAGAGGACAACAAGUACUGUGCAGACUGUGAGGCUAAAGGGCCUCGGUGGGCGUCAUGGAACCUCGGGGUGUUCAUGUGCAUCCGCUGCGCCGGCAUCCACCGCAACCUGGGCGUCCACAUCUCCAGGGUCAAAUCCGUCAACCUGGACCAGUGGACACCAGAGCAGAUCCAGAGUAUGGUGGACAUGGGGAACACCAGAGCCCGCCAGCUGUAUGAAGCCCACCUACCAGAGAGCUUCAGGAGGCCCCAGACAGACCAAGCCGUGGAAGUUUUCAUCCGGGACAAAUACGAGAGGAAGAAGUUCUACGACCAGGAAGCCCUGGCCGCAGCCUCACAGAAAGCUGAGGCGGCUGCUCCUUCCACCUCGCCUUCCUCCCAGGCUGACAAGACCAGAUCAGAGAAGGAGCGUGACAAGAAGAAAGAGGAGAAGAAGAAAGAAAAGGAUGCUGACAAAGUGGAAAGACACAGCAACUCUAAGGCGGAGUGCAGAUCCAGCCCCAAGAAAAGCCCAGAACCGGCUGUGGACCUGUUGGGGCUCGACGCUCCAGAGGGAGAAGGGAAAGGUUCUGAUCAAACGGGUCCCGGCGGGAAUGAGCUGGAUCUGUUCGGACCGAUGGUGUCCAACCCUCUUCCCCCCAACAACACAAAGCAUGAUCAGUCAGGCUCCAGUGCAGCUUCUGCACAGGUGGAACCCCCCACUUCAUCCACCUCCACCUCCUCUUCCUCCACUGCCACAAAGGUGGAGGAGAAGAAGCUUUUAUCUAAGGACUCCAUCCUGUCUCUGUAUGGCAGCAGCUCAGUGGGCAGUCAGCUGCAGAGCCAGCCACAGCCUGCUGCUGCAGGACCAGCGGUAUCGUACCUGGGCCAGCCUCAGAUGCAGUUCAACCCACCAGGUUUCCCUCCAGCGAUGGGAGGAAGCGUCCCGACCCCGGCCGUGAUGGGUGGCGGUCCGCUGCCGAACGGCGGCUACCUGGGAGGGACGCCGGCCAGCCAAGGACAGAACCUCUACAACAUGCAGCAAGGACAGCAGCAGCCGCAGCAGGGACAGUGGAACAUGAACCAGCAAAUGUCUAGCAUAGGUUUGGGUGGCGGAGGACCAGCGGCCGCCGCGCCGACGACCGGUUGGUCCGCUUCUCCAGGGCCGGCUUCGGGUCAAACCCUCAGCACUCAGCUGUGGAAGUAACCUGGACCGAGUCCAGAGGAAGCGGUGGGGGGCAGAGGCGCAUCAGACUGAUUUCCUCUCCUGUAUGCACAACGUUGCUGCAACUACUAAUAAUGAUUUAAUAACUUUAAAAAAUAUUAAGAAAGAUCGGCAGCUGUGUGUUCUUUCCAAAUGUUCCUCCUCUGAUCCGUCUCCUUUGGUUGUUGUCUGAAAAACGACAACAGAGUAACAAGCAGGAAGCUGCUAAUGCUAACGUAAGCCUUUAUCAUUACAGAAACGUAGAGUUAGUGAAUCGUGGUUCAGUACCUUCAGUAGAUAUGGAUAUCUUGUUGUUGGUCUAUGCUUCCUGCCUCACCCUUUCCUCUGUAAUGUACAUUGAACUCUCCUCUCUUCCCUGACUCCCUCUGUUGAGCCAACAGAAGCACACAGCAGAUACUUGUCUGAGCAGCACACUGCAUUUCUACGAAAAACGAUAAGAAACUCCUGCAUUUUCAAAGAAGAGGGGAAAAAGUCUCAGCUUUAUGGGCUUUUCUGUGAGGUUCUACUGCAGGUUUAUACUUUAAAUGUCAUUUUCCACGUAUAGUUACAGAUUUGAACAAUUUCCCUUGUAAAAUAAUUUAAAUAACGCACUCAAGUGAAGCAAUAUUACAAUCACUGCAGGUUCUGUUUGAUUAUUUAGUGAGCAAAUCUUCCUGUGCCCAAAUAUAUCAGUGAACAUAAGAGCAAUUCAGCAGUUCUUUGAUAUUGAUUUUGAUUUUCACUUCAAGAACAAAAUAAAACAUUUGCACUUUUUGGAGCUCCUUGCAGCCAUAGGGGAAAGAAAGUUUCCACAAUUUAAGAUUUAAGAAGGGAAAUAGCAUCUCUGGGCUGCUAAUAAAAAUAUGCUAAAAGGUGACCUAUUAUGCUAUAGGUUUAUGGGCGAAACAAAACAUGUUCAUUACAUCUUUUUUUGCACAAAAUCAUUCUUAGAUAUGGAGAUUUUAGUCUGGUCAGUUCUGCUUACGAGCUGUUUUAGGGCGUCUUGUCACUUUAAAUUUAAACAAGCCGCUGCUGGCUAGGGAGAUCUUUCCCGUCAACGGCCUUCAGGAACUCUUUGAAGAAUCUGAAUUAAUGAGCUACAACAACAUUUAGUUUCCCUUUGGGAUCAAUAAAGUUUUUCUGAAUUGAAUUGAAAAUCAGCAGUAGAGCCUCCUGCUGCAUGAAGUGGUUCUGGAUGGUAAAUCAACAAUAAAACAUUUGUCUUUUCCAGCACCAAAUGUGGCGGAACUCAGAUCAGGGUUGCUAGGUAACGGGCUGGCCUUCACUUGAGUUGCUAGGUAACGGGCAUUGCCUGCUGACUAGUGAUGUUACGUUCUGGAGGUUUUUGAAACGGUUCAUUUUCCAAACACACACACACAAAAAUAAUAAUUUAUUGCCAAAAACCGCCUACGUGUUUUUUUUUUUUUAAAGCAUUUGGAUUGUUUUUAGAACCAAAUGGAAAUAGAAAAACAUGUAAUAUGUCGCCUUUAAAGUUCAUGGCAGCACAGUAAGAAAAGGACAGCUAGUUUAGACAGUAGCCUCCCGCAGAUCUGGUUCAGUUCUGUCCAAAUGUUUAUUUCAAAGCCUCUGAAACCGACCACUGUUUGUUUCGACACGAUAAGGAGACAAAUGAGCUUUUAAUCCGUCCCCGGAGACAGCAGGGUCUUUAGCAGGGUCAUAAUCUGUGAGAGAGGUGUGUACUCUCAUCGCAGACUAAAACUGCUGGUGCUUUAAAACCUCAAAAUGUUGAUGUUACAUUUCAACUGCUGAGCCGUCCACGGUUCCUCUAGGGGUUUCAGGUUACUUCAUCUGUGAUUUUCUAAAAUGAUUAAAAUGAGUUUGUUGUUAAAAUGAGCCAUUUUAACAACAACUACGGGGCGUAUCUCCAGCUGUGUUGUUGUCCUGGUAACUCGGAUCCAUCUGAAACUUUUCUGAUAUUCAGAACCGGUGCGACUCUCGCAGCAUUUCAUCCCCAGCCAGCGAUCUCUCUGCCAUCUUUAUUGUGGUGCUUUUUGUCGUGUGUGGUGCAAGAGAAACAGUUUGCUACAAAUAAACCUGGGUGACCAAUCAGAGGCUGAAAAGAAGGACCUGUAUGAAACUCUUGGAUGGGUCCUAUUAUUAUUCGUUUCUGCCAUGCAAUAACUGCUGCACUCUAUGUGGACAUUACAAUAAAAUGAAAGUCCUCCAGGUUUAUUUGUGGUUUGAUGAAUAUUUCUGGUGCCUAAGUGCAGAGAAACAGUGUGAUUGUGAUUGAAAACAAUGAUAUACUGGAAGGAUCCUGUGUUUAUCUCUGUCUGACCUUGUUUGCUCCGUUUCUGUUCUUUCAAAUUUAAUGAGGUUCAAUUUGAAUAAAGACUCUGACAUCCUGAA